UAUAAGCCAAGCGGGAUGGAGUUUUUCAAUGUAUUUUGUUUUCACUUUAAAUGACAUUUAACAUGUGAAUCAGCUGUUAACGCAAGAUGGUGAAUCACUACUGAUAAUUGAUUGGAAUUCGCGGUGUGGUGUGAAACAUUUUAUUCUGUUAAUAAAUUUAAAAAAAUCAUUUAAAAAAGUUUCGAGUAAGUAAAACAAAUAAUGGCAAAAAAUACAUCGAGUUCAGCAUUUCGUAAAAUUGAUGUUGACCAAUAUAAUGAGGACAACUUCAAGGAAGACGAAGCUGAUGGUGUAACAACUGUCGUCCUAGGUCCUGAUGAGACUGAGAUCACUACAUUGCUAACACAAGGAAAAUAUGUUGAAGCGCUUGUUGCAGCAUUACAAAAUGCACCGCUCCGGUGUAAGCAACAACAUGUAAAAGACCACGCCCUCAAUUUAACAUUACGAGUUUUAUUGUCAAUUAAAUCUUCACAAAUGGAUCAAGCAGUGGAUACACUAGAACAACAUGAUCUACUAGAUGUGUUAAUGAAAUAUAUAUAUCGUGGUUUCGAAAUUCCAUCGGAGGGCUCAAGCGGUCAUCUGCUGCAAUGGCAUGAAAAAGCAUUUGCAAAGGGUGGUGUAGGUUGUAUUGUACGUGUAUUGUCAGAUACAAAUCGGGCAUAAAACAAACCACUAUCGUCUUGGAGGUAACGCCAAAAACAAACUAUUUUCAACAUUAUGGAGCAAUAUGCAAAUAAAAGACAACAUUGAGAAUAUAGUA